GAGACGACGCUCGCCUUAUCCGCUCGGCUCAUCUUCUUCUUCUUCUUCGUCGCAAAGGAUACAGAAGAAAAAAAAAAUGGCGCAGAUGGUUGCGAUGCCCGUAGCGCACUCGCUGUCACUCAUAUGCAACUGGACGAAAUCGAAUCCUCUCACUCGCAACACUAUUUCUCUCCCACCUUCAAACGCUCCCAAUAAGCAGAGUCUAAGCAUCAGAUGUGCUCGUGUUGGUGGUGUGGAGAUUCCGAGUAACAAGAGGAUUGAAUACUCUCUUCAGUACAUUCACGGCAUUGGUCGGACUAGGGCUCGCCAGAUUCUCGUUGAUCUUCAGAUGGAGAACAAAAUCACCAAAGACAUGGCUGAGGAAGAGCUCAUCGUGCUUCGUGAUGAAGUCUCCAAGUAUAUGAUCGAGGGUGAUCUGAGGAGAUUCAAUGCGCUUGCUAUAAAGAGAUUGAAGGAGAUCCAGUGUUACCGUGGGGUAAGGCACAUCCAAGGCCUGCCAUGUCGUGGACAGAGAACCAAGAACAACUGCAGGACUCUUAAGGGCAAGAAGAUCGCAAUUGCUGGCAAGAAGAAAGUUUCCAAGUAACCUACUCAUCUGAUCUUCAUGUCCUUGGUGUUGUUCUGUAAUACUCUUUACUUUGUCCAGUUUCUCUGUUUAAAAUGUGGUUUGUGUAAUCCCUGAGAUUUGGGUUCGAAUCAUGAGCCUCCGAAACUAAUACCGUUCCAGCAGAUAAUGUCGAAGAUGAUAAGCUCUAA